AUGGUCCCUCAACCCAGACCAGGAACAUUUUCGCCCAGUUCAGCCGCGCAGCCCAUCUACACUGGCACUGUCCACUCUCCCCAUCCUUCUCACGCUGGUGCGCUGAGUGCGGGUGCCAGCCCCAGUACCAGCAGCCCCACUGGGUCAAACUCCCUGACCAAGAUAGCAGUCGCCCAGGUCUAUGUGCUUCUGAGCACCAUCAAGGAGGACAAGGACGAUCCCCGCAAGUGGGAAUCACGGAUAGAAUCUCUGCAGAAGCUCAUAGAUGAACACGGCAUGGAUGUGUAUACAAAGUAUUUCGCGCGACUGGUGGCCGCAAAUGCCUCCCAGAUAUUCCCGGGCCUCAACAGGCCUGUAACAAACCCGGGCAACCAUCAUCUCCUCGAGGCAGAGAUGCGAAAGAUUACUCGCGAGUUUCCCCAGGCCAGGAAAAUUGCCGAGUCUAUUGAGACUGGCACCGAGGACAUCUUUCGCGAUUUCGAUCUCUCCACCUUCAUGGAGCAUUUCCAGCUGGACGCUCUUGGGAAGACGCUGCUGGCGCUUGCUUUCAAGCUCGGCCCCAGAACCGACUUGAAAACCAAAGCCGAUGCCAUCCUCUCAACCAAUUUCCCUACAUUUGUUAAUAUCCUAAGCAGGCCGCCUGGUGAUCGUGCGGAUCUUGAGCCUGAUUUUGUCGCCGAACUAAUCGACCGCUUCAUCCAAGUCCACCCUCCCAACUUCAACGCCGCAGCGAAACGGGAAUUGGAACACAAGGUGCAGCAGCGAUAUGCUCAGUCCAACGAAGCCAAGCCGCCCCCCUCCCAGGUGCUUGCGGCACUCGACCUGAUCCGCGUCCUGGCUGACAAGCCCCCAAACGCACUUGCAUUAUAUAUUCACAGGACCGGGCCCGCCUUCACCGUCGACGAGGAGACUUGCGUGAACUUCCUCAAGAACCGGCCACCUAACAUCCAGCUUACCGAGGAACAAGUCUCCGUGGCUUUGACGUAUACCACCAUCAGUCUGACGCCUCGUCACAACCCUUCAGUCUUCGUUGCCGCGCUCCGGCAUAUCCUGCCCGACAGUUUCAGGUGGCAAGAUGUGGUAUCGUACUUUGAUCAUGGAGGGGCUCGGAUCACGCGUGACCAGUUCCUACGCCUGUACAAUGCCUUGGUGCCGAUAGCGCGGGAGGACAGCUCUGAGUUCAAUAUUCAGCGCUUGUGGGGUGGCGAGUGGGAGAACCCCGAAACACAACUUUCCUUCAUCUGCGCAUUCGCGUCUCUAAGCCCGGAGCAGCUGGAUGCGACCACCAUUCCGGGCCUGAAACCGACAUUCACGGUUGAUGAGUACGCUCAAUCGCAUCAGUCAAUAAGAGAUACCGCCGCAUAUGCCGUCAAGCACCCCCUGGUGUCCGAGGCGGCCCUGUCUGCCGUUUUCAACGUUGCGCUCCAUUCGAUGCAUGCCUCACAGAGCACUGAAGCCAAGCGUCUCUUCCAGGAUGUGGUCGUCCCGAACCUAGCCAUCUUCGUCGUCUCGGCUUUCGGAGUCCCCAAACCCUGGCCGACAAUGGCCGAAGAAACGCUAGUGUCUUUGUUCGAUGGCUUCCUGGCCAGGUCGCCUGAGGCUGACUUUGUGAUGGACAGUCUUUGGAGGAGGGAUAAGGAGUGGGUGAAGCAGAGGUUGAUAGACGUUCAUGUUCUGAAGCCCAUCAGCCUGCCGCUAAUCUUUGAACACGCGGUUCGGCAAAACUGGCUCGAUGAGCUUGUCUAUCUUCCCAACGGGUUCGGGCUUGAUCUGGCCGCCUUUGCACAUGCUGAAGGAUACCUCGACCUGCAGCAAUGGGCGCGGAGAAAUGCUGAUCGGAGUACGGAAAUGGCCCGGGCUCUCAUCCAGUUUUUGAUGAUCAAAGCAAACUUCGAACAUGGUUAUCAGCGCCCUCCGGAUGGUCAUCCGCCGGUCAAGGCGAGCACUACCCUGCAGGUCAAGACAGUCUAUCAGCUGCUCCAGAUCCUACAGGACUUCCUGCCAAAAACACCUGUACCGGAGUUGAUCGUGGUGCAAAGAACAUGCAUCACGAUGUACCCGCGCUUGAUCAACUACGGAGAGGGCUUUGACGAUAUCAUUGAUGCCAACGGCCGCGAUGGCAACGCACUUCCGCCUGCUGCCAACGCCAAGAUGGAAGAACAUUACAAGAGGAUGUACAGUGACGAGAUUCAGGUUCGCGAUAUCGUCCAGAUCCUCGAGCGGUACAAGCGCUCUCGCGAUCCUCUGGACCAGGACGUUUUUGCAUGCAUGAUUCACGGCUUAUUCGACGAGUAUGCACAUUACGUUGACUACCCGCUCGAGGCGCUGGCUACCACUGCGGUUCUAUUUGGUGGCAUAAUAUCCCACAAACUGAUCUCGGAUCUUCCACUUCAAAUCGGCUUGGGCAUGAUUCUUGAAGCCGUCAAGGACCACCAUCCCGAUGAGUCGAUGUACAAAUUCGGGUUACAGGCUCUCAUGCAGCUGUUCUCUCGCUUCCGUGAGUGGCCGGGCUUCUGCAAGCAGCUUCUCCAGGUCCCUGGUCUGCAGGGGACCGAGGCCUGGAAGAAGGCGGAGGAGGCGGUUCGCGAGCAUGAAGAGGAGCUUGCCCGCUCCCGCAACGGAGCCGGUAGCGCACAUUCAGGAAUCCUGGGCAACGACAAGCUGACCAACGGCAAUCUGGACGACAGCUUGGCGUCUGAGCAGCACCCGCCUCCCUUUGCGUCCGUGAACGUCGACCCUCCGCCUCCGGGGAUGGCCUACGAAGAUCCGAGUGUCGAAGUCCAAGGCAAGAUACAGUUUGUGCUCAACAAUGUCACUGACACGACGCUCCAAUCCAUGUUCAAAGAGCUUCGCGAAAUGAUGGAGGCGAAGCAUCAGCAGUGGUUCGCCAGCCAUCUGGUUGAGAUGCGGGCCAAAAUGCAACCAAAUUACCAUCAUGUCUACUUGGAGCUCGUCAAGCUGUUUGAGGACAAGGCGCUGUGGGCGGAGGUUCUGAGGGAGACUUAUAUCAGCGUCCAGCGCAUGCUCAACUCUGAACUGACUAUGCAAAACUCGACCGAGAGAACGCAUUUGAAGAACCUCGGCGGCUGGCUCGGCCUUUUGACCCUAGCACGCGACAAGCCAAUCAAGCAGAAGAACAUCGCGUUCAAGCAGCUUCUCAUCGAAGCUCACGAUACCAAGCGCCUGAUUGUGGUAAUCCCCUUUGUGUGCAAAGUCUUGAUCCAGAGCGCAAACUCGACUGUCUUCAGACCGCCGAAUCCUUGGCUGAUGGACAUUAUCCAUCUCCUGAUUGAGCUCUAUCACAAUGCCGAGCUCAAGCUGAAUCUGAAGUUCGAAAUUGAGGUAUUGUGUAAGGGCCUCAAUCUGGACCACAAAGCCAUUGAACCUUCCGGGGAGAUCAUCAACAGGGCGCCCGUCGAAGAAAUGGGCGACAUCUUAGGACCUGAGACGAUUGACAACUUUGAGAGCAUGUCUCUCAACGGAAUGCCAGGCGUCAGCAGCUCCCUCUCGGCCCAUCCUGCCCUUGUGAUCCCGGAUCUCGGCCCAAGCCUGACAAUUCCUCAGACCGAGGUUGUCAGCGCUCCCAAGCUGCAUGAAAUCGUCCGUCAAGCGUUGACACGCGCCUUGCAAGACAUCAUCCAGCCUGUCGUCGACAGAUCCGUCACAAUCGCGGCGAUCUCCACGCACCAAAUGGUCCGCAAGGACUUCGCCACUGAACCGGAUGAGAACCGGGUACGGACAGCGGCGAUCAAUAUGGUCAAGUCUACUGCCGGUAGCCUGGCCCUUGUGACCUCCAAAGAGCCGUUGCGCGCGAACUUUGCCAAUUACUUACGCAACCUCUCGACUGAUCUGCCUCAGGGUUUGCCAGAGGGCAUCAUCAUGCUUUGCGUCAACUCCAACCUGGACCUGGCCUCAAGCGUGAUAGAGAAAUCGGCAGAAGAACGUGCAGUUCCGGAAAUAGAGGAUCUUAUGGAGGGCGAGCUAGAAGCGCGACGUCGCCACAGACUCCAAAGGCCGUCCGAACCCUACUAUGACCCCAACACACUCAGCCGCUGGGCAAUGACGAUCCCGCACCCCUUCAAGCUCCAACCUAACCUUGGCGGUCUUAACGCUGAACAAAUGGCCAUUUACGACGACUUUGCCCGGCAGUCGAGGGUAAAUGCUGCCUCCACCGCUCCCUCCCAUGUCCCAUCCGCCUCGGACGGUAGGGCUCUCGCCAAUGAGGUCCUCGGCGAUCAGUAUAGUGCCGUCACCAGCAUGCCGACGCCUUCCGAGACCCCAUCGAUGCCCCAUUUAGGCGUGCAGCUCCAGCACUAUCCCCAGACUCAUGUAGGGUUGGCGAAUAGUCGACAGCCCGGACUCAACCAGAUCGACUCUAGAACCGUCGCUGAAAGAGUCAACAAGCUCCUGGAGCAGCUGGCCGCCGCCGCCUCCAGCACCCCUGAAGAGCAUUUCACUGACCUUUCCAGGGGCCAUGCUAUCUUGGAUCUUAUCGACGCCCUCAUACAACUCAUUAUCAAGACGCAGCAAACGUCCGAGGAUUUUGUCGGGUACGCUGCGACACAGAUUGUCCAGCUCCUCUUCCGGCAACCCGAGGGCAGCCUGCUGCUGGAGAGCUUGGUUCACGUCCUUGAGAGCCUUCGAAAGAUUGCAGGAGCCGGAUUCAGCGAACAGAUCCGCCAUCUAUUCCACCAACAACCCGGACACGUGUUCCUCCACCUGCCUCUCAUCGCUGCCUUGCUUGGUACAGAUCUGCUUAACUGGCGAAACAUCGACAUAGCAAUGGCAAAGGCACUGGAGCAGCGAAAGGAGGGAUCCAUCGAGUUUCUGGAACAGCUGAUGGAUCUUACCCUCCUCAACGACAGCCCGCUUGCACUCUAUGCUGACUUUGUGCAGAGCCUGGAGGAGGCAUGGUCGUGGAUAACUGAGGAUCCGAGCGUCCCGGCAGGAGAGCGGUUCAAGGCCAAGGUGCUUGCCCCGCUGCCAGAGCUGCCAGCCGGUCUUUCAAAGGAGGAAAUCGCCGCCAUUCAGCAAGAUCAGAUGGACUACGUGUUCGAUGAAUGGAUCCACCUCUGCAGCAACUUCUUCGCCACGGACAGGUCUGCCAUGAUCUUCGUGCAGCAGAUGAAUGCGCGGCGAGUAGUAUCCACCAAAGAAGACUUCUUUAUUUUCACUCGUCAAGCUCUCGACAAGUCCGUCGAACGCUUUGAACAGAGCAUACAGUCCGGCCGCAGCCUGUCAGAAGCCUACCAGGCAGUCGAUGCUCUGGUCCGGAUGAUUAUCAUAUUCGCGAAGGUUCACCGGGAGGACGAUGAGGCCGCCGAUCAGUCGUUGACGGUUGCUUUCCUGGACAGCAUUGUAUCUCUCGGGGUCUUGAUUCUAAACGACCACCACGUCAAACGCGGAGAGAACUUCAACCAGCGAGUCUUUUUCCGCUUCUUUUCGGAUCUACUCCAUGAAGUCGCAGAGUUAGUGGACCUGCUGCCCGAGACCGAGUGCGAGCAGAUUCUCCUGAGAUUCGCGGCCCGGUUUUCGAAUCUACAACCGAGCCUCUAUCCCGGGUUCGCGUACGGAUUUGCAAGCCUCUUAGCCCACCGCUGCUUCCAGCCUGUUAUCCUCCGGCUGCCCCACGAAGCAGGCUGGGCGCCGUACACAAAGCUGCUGACUCAAUUUCUUUCAUACUUGGGUGACUUGCUCAAGCCACUCAACGUCUCGGACCUGGCAAAGGCGAUGUACCAGGCAGUUUUGAAGCUGCUAGCCGCUCUUCAUCAUGAUUUCCCCGAGUUUCUUGCAGCUACUCAUGUGCAGCUGUGCCAGAGUCUGCCGCCCCAUGCGACGCAGCUCAUCAAUCUGAUCCUCGCGGCGAGCCCCCCUUCCUUCAAUAAGCAGGCCGAUCCUUUCCAGCCAGGACUCAAGGUGGACAGGAUCCCAGAUAUGAGAGAAGCGCCUUCUACUUCGUAUGAUGCUUCUGGGAUGCUUCGCCAAAUUGGCCUGCUCGAUAUCCUGGAGCAGACUCUGCAGCAUGGUCCAUCAGAAGAUGCCAUCGCUCAGAUUGGCCACGCGAUCAAUAAGGUCGACGAAGAGGCAUCGAUCUUUGGCUUCGUCCCAGUCAUGGUCAACCGGAGGGUCAUUGAUGCCGUGGUGGGGCAUGUUGCCAACUUUGCCGCCAGCCGCGCAGCCUCCAAGAGUGAUGCUCCCAUCUUUAUUGCCGGGGCUGCGGACUUCAAGACGCUGCAGAUGCUCGUCACUGAGCUCUCCCCUGAAGCGAGGUAUUACCUCCUGAGCAGCAUGAUAAACGAGCUUCGCUUCCCCAACGCGUCAACCAACUACUUCAGCCAUGCGCUCCUCGAAAUCUUUGGUCAUGACCUCUCAGAUCCGGAGGAGACGGACAUCCGUCAGCAGAUUGUGCGCAUCCUUCUUGAAAGGCUAGUGGGCUACUGGCCACAGCCAUGGGGUCUGAUGAUCACGACGCUCGAGCUGCUCCGCAACGACAAAUACCAGUUUUUUGAAUUGCCGUUCAUCAAGGCAACUCCAGAGGUAAGCCGAUCCUACACUCCAAUAGUACUUUGGGCCAAAGCUGACGUCUUGACAUCAGGUUGCUGA